AUGCCUCUUUUACGUAAAGGAAUCGAAUAUGACGAUUGGUGGAGCGUUUGCAAACCGAAUAUACCUUUAAUCCAUAUCCUUGCCUCUGAUCAUGAAGCAAAACUCCACGAUGCUCUCUUCAAAGACUACUACAUACUACCGUUACCAGUGGUCAAUGUAACAGACAUACUCAAUAUUUCAUUUGGGCUAUCCAUAUCACAGAUCAUUGACGUAGAUGAAAGAAAUCAAGUCCUGACGUCAAAGGUUUGGGUGAAGCAGCAAUGGAAUGAUUAUCGUCUUCAAUGGGAUCCUGCAGAAUACGGAGGAAUCACAAAAAUUAAAGUUCCAAACGAAUGCUUAUGGAUUCCUGACAUACUGCUUUAUAACAAUGCCGAUGGAGCCUUUGACAUCCAAUCAGCUUCAUGGGCAGGUAUUGAAUACACAGGACUAGUCACAUGGUGGCCACCCGCAGUAUACAAAAGUUCGUGUCAUAUCAAUGUAGCCUACUACCCAUUCGAUGAACAGCACUGCUUGCUGAAGUUUGGAUCCUGGACUUACGACGGGGUAGUCAUGGACCUGACACCGAUCUCGGAAAAGGCCGACAUACGGGACUACUGGGACAACGGCGAAUGGCAGAUUAUCCAAACACCUGGAGAACGACACGAGGUCACUUACGAAUGCUGCGAAGAAACUUUUAUUGACAUAACCUACACAAUAACGUUACGGAGGAAACCAUUGUAUUAUUUCGCUUACAUUUUGGUGCCAUGUGGCCUCAUCUCGUUUAACACAGUUCUCGUAUUUUAUCUACCACCCGACAUCAGCGAAAAGAUGGCACUGUGUAUGUCGGUACUGCUUUCUAUGACCGUCUUCCUUUUGCUCAUUACAUCCCAGAUCCCAGCCAAUGCUAACCACUUCCCACUCAUCGUUAAGUAUCUUCUUUUCACCAUGCUGAUUGUAUCUUCGUCAAUUGUCCUAACAGUAUUCGUGCUAAAUGUUCGUUUUAGAUCUCCGGAUGCACACAAAAUGCCUCGUUGGGUGCGCCGAAUAUUUAUUGACAUAAUACCCGGAUUUCUUGGCAUGAGCCGACCAGUUCAGUAUAGUAAACGAUUUCGACAUGUUGGAAUCAAUUUAACAAGAGACGCUAUGGCAAACGGUGCUCUAGACUCGAAUAGACUAGUAAUGGAAAAUAAAGGAAACAGCUAUUCUGUGAGAAUGCGAAGGGAGGUGGAUGUCCAGAUGGACAAUGAAGACUCGGAUGAUGAAGUCGCAGGUACGAGUAAAUACAGACGUGGUCAGUAUCUUCCGUUGCUGACGUCUGCUGAUGAGGAAGAGAGUGAGGCCAUGGUCAUUCACAAAGCUGUAGAGGAAAUUAUGUACCUGACAUGGAGAUGCGCCAGUGAGGAAGACAGUUUAAGGGAAAAGGAAGACUGGAAAUUUGUGGCCAUGGUGAUAGACCGUAUCUUCCUCAUCAUUUACAUUUGUGGUAUCUUCGUCGGAAAUGUCGUCAUCAUCUUUCAAGCUCCCUUGGCUACUGAUUUCUUCCGCGAACUUUUCUGUUGCUACGAGGACUGGGCUAUGAACGGUCUUCCACUGAAUUACACCGCACCUAUAGUAAUUGAGUAAUUUGGAUUUCAAACUAUCAUACCAUGUAUGAGGAAAACAUAUUAUUCUGGGUAUCUGUGUUUCGGUGAAAUAUGAAGCUUUGCUUCAAAAGCCGUCAUCAAAGAUAGUCACCAUAUCUAAAUGGCGAUAACUGAGGAUAUUCAGUCUCUGGCAGCAGACUCAAUCACCACGAGCAGAAGAGUUUGUGAGUGGACAGGCACAAAUUUCAAACAUUAUCCAAUGAAGAUCUAACCAACAAACAGACACUACUGUUUUCCAUGAUGAUGAGAAAGAUAGACUUGACAACGACCAACUGCACGGUCUGUUGAAUUAUAUGCUGCUGUUAUUGUUGUUUUAUACGUUAUUGUAAUAAUACAACAAUAAAAUAAAUGCAUUGCUAUAUCACCAACUAUUAUCAAGUCAACUUGAUAUCUGAUCAUGUGAAAGGGAUGGUGAAAUCAAAAUAGCUGGGAGAAACAUAUUCUUCACGGAUUCUAACACAAAAACAAGCAGAACUUCUGUACAACAUUAGAACUAUUUCAUACGACAGUGGGAAUUUUCCUCCAGGAAAAUGGAGUUCAAACCAUUUAUUCCGUGUAUAAUGUUGAACACUGGUGUUUGAGUUAGGGAGAAACUAGCAACAAACAGAACCCCGCUUCAGAAGUAAGGGUAAUAUUCCAAUUUUCGCUGCUAACGAUGGUGUGGUUCACAUAACUUUGUAAACCCGCAUUCGGUGUCGGAGCUAAGUUCUGCCGCUUGCUUCACGCUAAAACAGACAUCGAACUCGGGAUAAUCCAUUGAUGCAAUGAAAUUGAUUACCUCCCUUAUUUUCUCUACAAUAAAGUAGAUUCAAAUAUUUGAUGCCAACUUUUAUUUCAUUCGAUACCAUUUAGGAUCUUCUGAAUCAGCGAUAUGGUUUGGGUUGCCAUAUUAAAUGCCUGGGCUGAGAUGGGGACUAAAUGAUGGUAAUGCCGUUUGUCGUUUUGAAGUAAAAGUAGGAAAAAUGCAAUGAUUAUAUAUAAUAUUCUUUUUAUUUUUCAUGCUGAAUAACGUACGCAUGUUGAAAAGUAGACAAUGACAUGCUUACAAAGUUAUAUUAAAUAUCAUUUAAAAGAACAUUUAAUAUUAAAGGUAAAAAAGUAUUUUUACCGACAACAUACGAUGUCCGAAUAUUCUCCUUUCUCUAUGAACUGUGUCAUAUUAAUUUUAAAUCACCCUUUGGACAGACAAUGUCCUUCGUUUGUGGUACUCUUAACCUGGUGUCUUUCAGAAACCUUAUAGUUUUCUGAGAAUUAUUAUUUGUUAGGAUUAGAGUUGUGUGCAUUUUUCGAAUGAUGAUAACUUAU